AUGGCAGCAGCAGGGGGCAAGAAAGAACGGCGACCAUCGUCGCUGUCGUCGACAGGGAUUGCGCUGGACAGCGUGGAGAUCGACAAGAUGGCUGACGUGCCAAUCAACGACACGCCGCCGAGCAAGCCACACCUUCCCAGAAUGUCGGUGGACCUCGGCAAGUCCUCCGCCGGUGGGUUCGGGCGCACGGCCAGCAAUUUCGGGCAGUCGUUUCGGAGGACCACCAGCAACUUCGGCAACUUCGGGAUGUCUUUCCGGCGGACCACCAGCAGCGCGCUCAAGGGGAUCCUGACCGGCGGCGGGGGCAAGACGAGCACCGCCGCCGGGAGGCAGCAGCGGGUGCAGAGGACGGCGUCUUCCGCCGCCAGGGGGCUGCAGUCCCUCAGGUUUCUCGACCGGACGACCACCGGCAGGGAGACGGAUGCUUGGCGGGCGAUCGAGAGGCGCUUUGAUCAGUACGCCGUCGACGGGCUGCUGGCGAAGGAGCACUUCGCCGUCUGCAUUGGAAUGGCGGAUUCGACGGAAUUCGCGUCGGAGUUGUUCGAGGCGAUUGCGAGGCGGAAGUUCAUACCGACGGCCAAUGGUAUAACGAAAGGUCAAUUGAAGGUGUUUUGGGAAGACAUGACCAAACAAGACCUUGAUGCUCGUCUCCAGAUUUUCUUCGACAUGUGUGACAAGAACGGAGAUGGUAAACUUUCUGAAAAUGAAGUUAAAGAGGUCAUCCUCAUGAGCGCAUCGGCCAACAAGUUGACCAACCUAAAAGAGAACGCAGCCAAGUACGCAGCCCUAAUCAUGGACGAGAUGGACCCGGACCACAAGGGCUACAUCGAGAUCUGGCAGCUGGAGGCCCUCCUCUGCGGGAUGGUCAACCAAGACGCCUCCGCCGAGGCCAGCACCAAGAUGAACCGCCACGCCAAAUCCCUGGCCCGGGCCAUGAUCCCCAGCCGCUACCGCUCCCCCGUGGGCCGCUUCUUCACCCACGCCGCCGAGUACGUCCACGAGAACUGGAAGAUCAUCUGGAUCCUGGCCCUGUGGGCCGCCGUCAACGCCUACCUCUUCCAGUGGAAAUUCUUCGCCUUCGUCGGCACCCCGCUCUUCCAGAUCUCCGGCUACUGCCUCUGCAUCGCCAAGGCCACCGCCGAGACCAUCAAGUUCAACAUGGCGCUCAUCCUCGUCCCGGUCUGCCGCCGGACCCUCACCUCCCUCCGGUCCACGGUACUGGGCCGGCUCAUCCCGUUCGACGACAACAUCAACUUCCACAAGGUCAUCUCCGUCGCCGUGGCCGUCGCGUCCCUGGCCCACACGGUGGCCCACGUGGCGUGCAACUACCCGCUCCUGGCGUCGUGCCCUAGGGCCAGGUUCGAGUCCCUGGUGGGGAGCGCGUUCGGGCACCGGCAGCCCACGUACGGCGGACUGAUGGAGCAUUCCAUAAGCGUGACUGGGGUGCUGAUGGAUUUGAUCAUGGCCUUCUCGUUCACGCUGGCGACGCACUCGUUUCGGAGGAACGUGGUGAAGCUCCCGGGGAUGUUUCACAACUUGGCCGGAUUCAAUGCGUUUUGGUACGCUCACCAUUUGCUUGCCGUGGCCUAUGUUUUGCUCUUCUUGCAUGGUUGGUUCUUGCUCACCGACAAGCCUUGGUACCAGAAGACGACAUGGAUGUACAUUUGUGGUCCAGUAACCCUGUAUGCUUUAGAAAGAGUGUUUUUGUCGUACAGAGAGCGCACAGAACCGGUCAACAUAAUUAAGGCAGUUAUAUACUCGGGAAAUGUUUUGGCAUUGUACAUGACAAAACCCAUGGGUUUCAAGUACAAGAGUGGAAUGUACAUCUUCGUCAAGUGCCCCAACAUCUCCAGCUUCGAAUGGCACCCAUUCUCAAUAACAUCAGCACCGGAUGACGAUUACUUAAGCGUCCACAUAAGAACCCUAGGCGACUGGACGAGGGAGAUGAAGAGCAUAUUCGCCAAAGUUUGUGAACCUCCACAGCAAGCCAAACCUAGAGCAAUGAACUUGAUGAGAAUGGAGACCAGAACUGUGUCCGACUCCAACUACGAGGAAAUACAAAAGACGUUCCCGACGAUCCUGGUGAAAGGACCAUUCGGGGCCCCGGCCCAAAACUACAAGAAGUUCGACAUAUUGCUGCUGGUAGGGUUAGGGAUUGGCGCCACUCCUUUUAUCAGCAUCAUAAAGGAUCUUCUCAACGCGCUUAGACCGAUGAGGCCACAUAUAAUUGAGAUGCACAAUUACUUAACCAGCGUGUACGAGGAAGGCGACGCCAGGUCGGCACUGAUCGCCAUGGUCCAGAAGCUUCAGCAUGCCAAGAACGGUGUUGAUAUUGUCUCCCAGAGUCGAAUAAGAACACAUUUUUCAAGACCUAACUGGAAAAGGGUUUUCUCGGAGUUGGAGAAGGCACAUCCAUCUUCUCAUAUAGGGGUGUUCUAUUGCGGGAGUGUGGCCCUGGUGAAGACAUUGAGGGAGCUUUGCCAGGACUUCAGCCUGAAUUCAACGACCCGCUUCCAUUUCCAUAAGGAGAACUUUUGAAGAACAAGACAUAUAUAGUAAAGUGGUCUGUGGAUGAGAGUUCUUCGUGUAAUUCACUGUGGUAAAAUAGACACUUCUAAUUAGUAAUACUUUGUUUAUCUAGAGGGAAUUUAGGGAAAAAAAUUGGGCUAAGUUUAGAGAGUCUGAUUGUGAAUGUUGUAUAUUCAAUAGGGUAGUCAUUUGGUACUUAAGUGAAGAACAAGAUAAAAGGAUGAUUUCUUUGUUCUAGGAAUUAGGAUAUGAAUCUUUCUAUUG